AACUUUUGAUUUAAAUCCUUCAAACCCUUUCACAUUCAUGGAUAAAUUCAGAAAAUCUUUCAAUAGAUCAUCGCAAAAGGAAUCAGAGAUAGAACCUGAAGAAAAGCAAAUCCUGCUUCAUCUAGACGAUUACGCCAUUGAUCAAAUUCCGUCAAUCGGUACUGUUUCUGCUAUGCGUUCGUCUCCGUCGCCGCCGGAUUCCGGUGAACGCCGGAGAGACCUCGGGAAGGGAACAAACGGCAAUGUUGCAGGUACUGCUACUAAAGAAGCAGAACUAGCAGCUUGCAAGUUUAAUCCUGUUGCGGACCAGAAAAACCCUAAUAAGGUAUGGAGAGAUUCGAGCUACGAUUUCACGAAUGAUAAUGAGAAGUUUGAUUUCUUAACGUCUGAUACGCCGUCGCCACAGCAGUCUCCGGCGUUAUCAAGGAUACCGGAGAGUCCAAAUAACUACGGCAUGCUUACGCCGAAGGAAGUUAGGGUUUCGUUUCAUGAUGAGGUGGUCGAGCCGCAACCUGUACGGCUGCGGUCCCAUGGUAGCGGUCGUAACAGCGGUGCUUGUGGCGGAGAAGAGGUGGUCGUUUGCUCCGCUAAUGCUUCAUUUAGGAGAAAAUCGACCUUGAUGCGGACGAAAACCAAAUCCAGAUUACAAGAUCCGCCGGAUACAGAUCAGAAAUCGGGUAGGUUUUCCAAAUCAGGGGUUUUAGGGAGAGUUGGUAGUGACAUCGAUGAAGAUGAUCCGUUCUUAGAUGAUGAUCUACCUGAUGAGUUUAAGGAGUUGAGGUAUAGCAAAUGGACUUUACUUCAAUUGUUUAGUUUAAUCUUAAUUGUUGCUGCUUUAGUUUCUACACUCACAAUCCCUUAUUUCAAGCACAAACAAUUGUAUGAUCUUGAAUUAUGGAAAUGGGGGGUUAUGAUACUGGUUUUGAUCUGUGGAAGAUUGUUUUCUGGUUGGGGGAUUAGGGUUUUGGUAAUUUUGGUAGAACGGAACUUCUUGCUGCGAAAAAGGGUUCUUUAUUUCGUUUACGGAUUAAGGAAAGCAGUUCAAAAUUGUGUUUGGUUAGCUUUAGUUUUGAUUGCUUGGCAAUGUAUAUUCGAUCAGAAAGUCGAACGGAUGACACAUGGGAAAGUCUUGCCAUAUGUGACCAAGAUUUGGAUUUGCCUUUUGGUGGGUACAUUAGUUUGGCUCUUGAAAACUUUGCUCGUGAAGGUUCUUGCUUCAUCUUUUCACGUGAGCACCUUUUUUGACCGGAUUCAAGAAUCUUUAUUCAACCAGUUUGUAAUCGAGACGCUCUCUGGCCCACCGUUGAUUGAGAUUCAGCAAGAACGGGAGGAGGAAGACCGGAUGAUUGCUGAAGUUCAAAAGCUUCAGAAUGCCGGGGCCACUUUACCGCCUGAUUUGAAGGCGAAUAUAUUCAAGAAAAGUGGAAGGUUUAUUGGAACUCCAAGAACUAGUACUCCCAUGGCUGGUAAAAGUGGCAAAUUUUCAGAAGUUAAUACCCCUAAGAAGCCUGAUGAAGGGAUUACGAUUGAUCACUUGCAUAGGCUAAAUCAGAAGAAUAUAUCGGCCUGGAAUAUGAAACGGUUGAUGAAUAUUGUUCGAACAGGGGUAUUAUCGACUUUAGAUGAGCAACUCGAAGGUACAACAGGGGAUGAAGAUGAGUCUUCGGUUCAGAUCACGAGUGAGAAGCAGGCUAAGGUUGCAGCGAAGAAAAUCUUCUGCAAUGUUGCUAAACGAGGGUCCAAGCACAUUUAUCUAACGGAUUUGCAGCGUUUCCUGAGAGAUGAUGAAGCGUUGAAGGCAAUACGACUCUUUGAUAGUGAAAGUGAAACAAAAGGAAUCAGCAAACGAGCGCUCAAAAACUGGGUGGUUAACGUAUUCCGAGAACGGAGGGCUCUUGCAUUGUCUCUCAACGACACAAAAACAGCCGUAAACAAACUCCAUCAGAUGUUGAAUGUAGUCGUGGCGAUCAUAAUAAUCGUCAUCUGGCUUCUUAUACUCAAAGUUGCAACCACACAUUUCUUUAUAUUCCUAAGCUCACAGCUGCUUUUGGUAGUUUUCGUGUUUGGUAACACAUGUAAGACUACAUUCGAAGCCAUUAUUUUCUUGUUCGUAAUGCAUCCAUUUGAUGUCGGCGAUCGUUGUGAAGUUGACGGUGUUCAGAUGAUAGUUGAGGAGAUGAAUAUAUUAACAACGGUUUUCUUGAGGUUCGAUAACCAGAAAAUUAUAUAUCCUAACAGCGUCUUGGCCACGAAACCCAUUGCUAAUUACUAUCGUAGUCCAGAUAUGGGAGAUGCUGUCGAUUUCUGUAUACAUGUAUCAACUCCUGUAGAAAGGGUUGCUCAGAUGAAGGAGAAGAUAACAAGCUACAUCGAGAACAAGAGCGAUCAUUGGUACCCUGCACCUUUGAUCGUGGUGAGGGACAUCGAGGACUUGAAUCGGCUAAAGAUAUCGAUAUGGCUUUCACACCGUAUGAACUUCCAAGAUAUGGGAGAAAGGUGGCAACGAAGAGCGCUUUUAGUUGAGGAGAUGAUUAGAAUCUUCCGGGAACUCGAUAUCGAGUACCGAAUGCUGCCGGUUGACAUCAACGUCCGUAACAUGCCGACUCUGACCUCGAAUCGGCUUCCGUCAAACUGGAUGGCUUGUGCAAACUGAUCGAAAACAACAUUUAAUCUCAGGUGAAGUAAACCUCUGUUUCUUGAAGAACCCAUUAGGUCUAUAGUUGGCCGUUUAACACUUUGAGAUUGAGGUUCAGACUUCUUGUUGUUACAUGGUAGAAUACAUGAUGUGUAUAUAAAUACCAGAAGUAACGUUUUUUGACAUCGUUUUUCAUGUUGCAAGUCCAUUCGAAUGGUUUAAUUCGUUCGGUUCUUGCGGUUCUCAAUUUUGUUAUAAAGGAAUAAAGACGUAAAUCAUCGAACAAGAUGGUGAAUCGAGAAAAAAAGGCCCAAGCUCCCGUUUGGUUUAGAUGGAAUAUGAAGGAAUUGAAACGACAGUCGACUAAAUUCCAUUCAAGUGUUGGUUUGUAAACGGAA